UAUCAAGUUGCAUUUUCACAAGGAAAGAGAGUGCAUUAUAAUGGAUAAAGCCAUGGAAGCUAUUGCAACACCUAACAUUAAUCCAUACCGCCGUUUGCUGAACAAGGCGGUGUCCCAGCUGCUGUUGGACAAAGGCGCCAGCGUAUCCAGCAAUCAAUGCCUUGAAACAUUGACCCAAAUGCUGCAGGCGCUUCUUUUUGAAAUUGGCAAUUCGGCACACAGCUACUGUGAGCUAGGUGGACGUACCAUGCCCACUGUGGGCGAUGUCAGCUUGGCUCUAAUUAACAUGGGCAUCAAUAUAAGCAGCUUGGAAUCGUAUGCACGCCGUGUCAACCAUACGCCCAUUCCUUUGCCGCCACAGCAAACUCAGCAACGCCAGUUAAGUCUGCUCCAAGCAGGCAACAAAGCACCCCAUCCUCACUAUGUGCCCAGCUAUUUGCCACCUAUGCCCGAUCCUCAUGCCUACAUACGAACACCGACGCACAAACAGCCGGUUACGGAAUAUGAGGCUAUACGUGAAAAGGCUGCCAGUCAGAAGCGAGACGUUGAGAAGGCUCUGACCAAGUUCCUCUGCAAGACAAUGGAAACAAACAAUCUCUUUCCCACCGAAGAUAAUAUGUUUCCUCUAAUAGCCUGUAAGCCCACUUUUCCGGCAUAUGCAGCUGCCCUGAAUCCCAUGGAUCAAAUAUUUGACUUUGAGGAACUGGAGUAUCACUACUUGGUUGCUAAUCGGACAGAAGAUGCUCCUACCAAAGAGGAUGGCGAGGACGGUGACAGCGAAAAUGAGGAGCUGGAUGGCGAUAAGUCUAAGGAGGAGAAGCUCGAGCUGGAGAUCAAACCCAAUUCGACCACAAAUAAAGCCAUUUUAGAAAAUCCGAACAUAGAUAAUCCCUACUUACGCGCUGCCACUCUGCCAAAGCGCUCCAAGUUGCACGGAGAUAUCGUCCCGCCCCGCAUUAUGUCAACACGCAACCCGAGUUCUGGUCUACUGACAACAACCCCUUCCACUAUAGAUUUAACCAAAACUAACCUGUGAAAUAUGUGCAGUAAU